GUUAUUAAAUACUGAGAUAUUGGAGCUAUGUAAACAAUAAACAGGAUUGCGUUUGAGGUUGUCUCCAACCGUUAACAAUUAAAGUAUAGUUCAGCUUUUUGUAAUGUACAUUUUGCCUUCUUAGAAGGUUGAUACCAAGCUCGAAAUAAUUCCUCCUAGUAACCAUUCACUAGGAGUUGGAGCCAAACAAGGUUUUUUCGAACAUGUAGGCUAUGUUUCUGUUUGAUUAUGAUGUACACAUUUGACGUUUCUGUAAUUGAAACAGGUUUCAAUUACAGAAACGUUGCAAAGAUUCCUAAAUACCUCCAAACAAGUUGAGCAGGUAGCAGGUCAUGAAACUUGCUAGUGGUUGGGGAAUGUCACCUAUGGGUUUAUCUGAGUGUGUGUGUGAGUGAGAGAGAGAGAGAGAUACAUGAACCAGAUUGUUAUCGAUGUGAAUACGGUCCUGCAUGGUUCUAUUCUAAGUACUACUGGCGUCGGAUGACGUCUACAGUAAGCUGUGGUUCUAAUCAAUGAGGAUCCUGGACUGAAUGCAUGUCUGUCAGGUGCUGAUGUCAUAUUGGGGUAGCACGUUUGGCUAGAGUUUGGCUGUCUCUGUGUUCUUAUUUAACACACUACUCCAUGUAUGUUUUGGUAUCUCAGGCAUAGACGUGCGGAAGAGCCUGCAACAUCUAGUGUUUAACUGGAUCGUAAUUCUACCCUGUAAUGCCUCUGGUCUAGUCAGUGAGAUGUGCAUUACACAGUACUCAACAACACGAUCUGAUCCCCAUCUGUAGUCACCUCCUUUUCCUCCUUUAAAAAAAACAAAACGAUAAGCAGUGCGGUGUAUCUACCAUGAAGUGUAGUUAUGACAUCUGCCCUGCAAAUGAAUCAAUAGCUUCAUAGCUAUAGCUAGCUGUCAUGUAACUGGUUUAGCCCUUCCCAACUCCCUUAAGAACAUACAGUUGAUACCUUAUAAAUAUUACUCUGUCUUUCGGACAAACUUCAACUUUCAGAAAUAAAUCAUUUGUUCAAUGUGUAUCGGUAGUAGUCAAAGUGUAUUGCAAUACUUUAUUUUGAAAAAUAUUAUUUAUUUCAUGCCACAAUCACUCAGGAGUAUAAAUCCUGUACUUUGAAUUCCCAAUAAAUCAGAAAGAAACCAUAUGUCUAACCUCUUCCUUUUAUGGAUUAGCCCGAUCAGGACAGCUCAACACAGAACAUUAGUGGUUGUGUCAUGCCAUGCCUUAUCAUGAAUACAAUACAGAUAAUGGCAAACAUUUAUCAAUCCAAAUCUGACACAAUGCUUUUAGCCUGCAUUGAGGCCUCUUUAAGAAAGGCAUGUGUGAGGGCGGGUAGCACAUGCAGCACUUGAGAAAGUCUUGAAGGGGACUGACAAGAAAGGCUUCUCUUUCACAACGCCUACCUGGCGGCUAGCUGGAAGUGAUGAUGGGAGAAACGCACAUUUUCUAUACGGUGGAGGGAAAAUAACCUAGGGAAGUGACCCCCACAUAAUAGCAUUAUUUUAGGUGCAGAUGUGCAUGUGGGAAGUGUCUAGUGGCUAGGGUUAGUAAUUUCAAGCUGUUUGAAAAUCUCUGGUUUCCUGUGUUUUAGUGAUAUCACAAGUAGGAGUGUCCACCUAGAUGUAUGAUGGAUCCAACGCAACAUUUGCGACAGUCCGCUGGCCUGGGUAGGCUGGUAGACUGAUCUAUCCAGCAUACAUCUAGGUUGAAACUCCCACUUGUGUGUGUGUGCGCGUGUGUGUGUGUGUGUGUGUGUGUGUGUACAAACACUGGUUCCCACUUCUGGUUCAGAGGAAAUACAUUUUUAGUGUGCAUAAUUCUGUAGCGUAAGGCCAUAAUUAACGUAAUUGUUCAACAUCCGCCAUCUAUAUUUAGUCAUGUAUUUUUAAGCAUCAGAUAGGCUAGUCUGGUACACCACACCCGUGACACCAAACAUCGACUGCAUCGAUUUACCAUGGAUAACUUGAUUGUUUUAAAUGAACAGCCUGCUGUAAGUCAUUACUUUUGGUAGAUCUGGGGCCAGUUCUCUGGUUUAUUUUGUAUGAAUAUAAGCGAACAGAUUAGCCAGCAGCAUUAUACGUGCAAGUGUUGAUCGGCCUUUUAUGUGGUGUUCAAUAUGACUCAGUCUAAAUGUGAUCAUACAGCACACUUAUCACUGUGCAAAUACACAGUCUCCAAGUAUGGGUGUCACCAACCGGCUCUGUUCAUUUGGUAGCCAAAGACCUACUCAGACGUGUGAGUCUGGGCAUGUGUAUGUGUGUGCGUGCGCACAUGUGUCUGUGUCUGAAGGGGUUGCCAUUAUGUGAAUUUGCAUUACAUUUGCAAAUUGGUGACUCCGCCAAGACAGUCCCUUUGUCAAACAUUCAUCCAUCCGUCAAAUCUCCACCAGCUAGCCUACCGGGUUCUGGAAACAAUGAAAUGUUUCCGUCCGUCUGUUCAAAGUUAUCUACCAGCUUGUUGCUACUGUGCUAGCUAUGCUUGUUGUAGCUUGUCUUUACUUUUCUUUGUUUUCACACGCUGGCUGUCUAAGCAGACAUGCAUAUACCUGGCCAGGUGACAGUCAGUUUAGCCUUCAGGCCUCUGGUCCUGGCCUGAGAAACACAGACAUGCACACACUUAAUCAACAAUACAUAUUGGGUUUGAUUAAUGAAUAAAUUUAGUAUAAAAUAUAAAAAAGCAAUAAUAAACAUUAAUGUGUGUGUGUGUGUGUGUGUGUGUGUGUGUGUGUGUGUGUGUGUGUGUGUGUGUGUGUGUGUGUGUGUGUGUGUGUGUGUGUGUGUGUGUGUGUGUGUGUGUGUGUGUGUGUGUGUGUGUGUGUGUGUGUAUUUUUGACCAGUGUACUGAAAAUUAAAAUUAAGAAAUAAGUAAAAUGUUGUCAGGGAGUAGUAGAGCCUCUGACGUUAUUCACUGCACCCACUGCUACGUGAGAUGGCUAGAACUGGAGAAGAUAUGGAGGCGGAGGAGGAUUUGACUGUGUAGGAACAAUAGUGGGAGAGUGACAGAUGGCAGGCAGUGGAGUCCCCAGUCCCUGUCGGCCCUCUACUCCCCACUGGGUAUCCAAUCGUUAGUGAAAUGACCAUAUUCACUUAAAACACAUGACUGCGCCUUUCUCUCAGUUUCUUUCUCUUUAUUUCCCAUUAGCCAUUGUCCAUAUAUUAUUACACUGCGCCUUUUUAUAGCUAAAAGGUUAGUAAUCAAUAGUCUCCCUCCCCGGUCCAAAAUAUAGAUUAUUUUAUCAUGCAGGAGUUCAGGACCCUUUUAUCCCGUCCCAUGCCAUCAAAUCACAUCACAGCAAUUUGCACUGCAAAAAAGCAUGUCACUUCCUGCUUCCUGUUGCCAAAAACAUUCCUCUGUCCGUGGGUUAACGUAGAGGAAGUGGUUAGUGUUGAGACUGGCAUUCCAUUCUUUGCCCUCCUCUGACCCGGUCAUGUGACUCCAGAGAGAUGACGGCAGGGAGGAAGUCAUGGAAGAAGCAGGUGCUGAAUACACGACAGCCAUGCAAUGUGUAGGAUCAGUUCUACCAAACUGCAAAGAAGGAUCAGAGUACGUCUCCAGAAGGAUGACUAUGAGCAGUAGCUGAGGACACUAAAGGGAGAUCCCCCUCCCCAUCUCUGCCCCCUGCAAAGAUGAAUGGUAGCCUUGGUAAAUGGGCGAUUUCUCCAGAGGAGAGGAACAAACAUGACCAGAUGUUUGACACCCUCCUUCCUGCCAUGGGCUACAUUACAGGAGAGCAGGCACGGAAGUUCUUCCUGCAGUCUGGCCUACCUGGCUCGACGUUGGCAGAGAUAUGGGCGUUGGCUGACAUGAAUAAGGAUGGAAAGAUGGACCGGCUGGAGUUCUCCAUCGCCAUGAAGCUCAUCAAGCUCAAACUCCAAGGCACGCCCCUUCCCUCAGCUCUGCCUAUCAUCAUGAAGCAGCCUCCCGUGCCCGCCCCCACUCUCAACGCCGCUUAUGGAAUGGGAGCUAUGUCGAACCUGUCCAUGAUGUCGGGUCCAGGCAUUGGGAUGCUGACCCCCCUCGCUAUGGGCAGCCCGGGGCUUUCACCCAUGGGCUCUUUGACCUCCCUGACCCAAAUGGUUCCCACGGCAACGGGCAUGAGCCCUCUGAUGUCGACCAUGGGGAACGCAGCAGUGCUCAACAGCAAUAUGGGUGUUUUUCAGCCAUAUCCUGUUGGAUCUGUAGCUACUGGCCUUCCUCUGUCUGCGGGCUACUCCUCCUCUCCGCUGGGUUUCGCCUCGCCUUCUGUGGGAGUAUACAGGACUUCUUCCCUGCUCGACAUCGGAUCCAGCAGCUCCAACUCCUCCUCUCCCGCCCUGCUGUCCUCCAAGCUCCCGGUGCCGAGCGACUGGUCGGUCCCCCACGCCUCCAGGCUCAAGUACCGUCAGCAGUUCAACAGUCUGGACAAACAGAUGACCGGGUACCUCACGGGUCUGCAGGUGAGGAACGCCAUGGCAACCACAAUGCUGACUCAGACACAGCUGGCCUCAAUCUGGAACCUGGCUGACCUGGAUAAGGACGGCAAGCUGAAGGCGGAGGAGUUCAUCCUGGCCAUGCAUCUGGUGGACAUGGCCAAGAGCGGACAGGCGCUGCCGCCGACCCUGCCUGGUGACCUGGUCCCGCCCACACACAGGGCUGCAAUGAACGGCUCCAGCUCUUCCCUCUAUCUGACUGAUGACCUGGCCGUGGAGCCUCCACAGAAGAUCAAGUCUAACCUGACCUUUGAGGACAAGUUCAAAGCCAACCUGGAGAGGGGCAACGCCGAGCUGGAGAAGAGGCGCCAGCAGCUGCUGGAGGCGCAGCGGAGGGAACAGGAGCGCCAGGCGCAGAAGGAGCGGGAGGAGCGGGAGAGGAGGGAGCAGGAGGCCAGGGAGGCCGAGGAGAGGAGGAGGAAGGAGGAGGAGCGGAGGCUGGAGCGCCACAGGGAGCUGGAGCGCCAGAGGGAGGAGGAGAGGCAGAAGGAGAUAGAGAGAAAGGAGGCCGCGCAGCGUGUGCUGGAGCGCCAGCGGCAGGAGGAGUUUGAGCGGAGGAGGCGCGGCGAGCUGCAGAUCAAGAAGGUGCAGGAGCAGGAUGACAUCAUCCGCCUGAAGGCCCGCAAGAGGAGCCUGGAGAUGGAGCUGGAGGCCGUGGGUGACAAGCAACGGCAGAUCUCUGACCGGCUGCGGGACGCCCAGGGCAGGAGGAAGCUCCAGAGGACUGAGGCGGACUUGAUUGGCCAGAGGAUGGACACCCGCCGGGACGAAAUCAACGGGCUGCAGAGGCAGCUGGAGGAGUUCCAGAGGAAGUUAUCCCAGAUGGGCCCAGAGCAGAAGAGGCUGACUGAGAAACUUCAGACCAUGGGACACAACAACAUGCCAGGUGCGCCGCUGUCCACCCUGAAGCUGAACGUCACCGAGAGGAACGCUGCGUGUCAUCAGCUCCGCCAGCAGCUGGAGACCCUGGAGAGAGACACCUCCGUCAAACUGUCCGAGAUGGACCAGUACAACCACGAAGUCCAGGACCUGAGAGAAAGCACGAGGAAGCAGCAGGCCGAGCUGGAGAAGCUCAUGAGCGUCAAGGAGGAAAAACGACGGGAAGCAAAGAGGAAGAUGGAGCAGGAGGAGGCAAGGAAACGACAGGAGGAGGAGAGGAAACGACAGGAGGAGGAGAGGAAACGACAGGAGGAGGAGAGGAAGCGACAGGAGGAGGAGAGGCACCGGCGGGAGGAGGAGGAAGCUCAGAGGCGUAUCAAGGAGGAGAAGGAUCGCCAGUGGCAGGAGAAGCUUAGGAGAGACGAGGAGGAGCGCAAGAGGAAGAUCCAGGAGGAGAGAGAGGCCAAGCUGAGGGAGGAGGAAGAGAAGGAGGUGCAGGCCCGCCUGGUGGCUGCCAAGGAGCAAGCGGAGCGCGAGCAGCGGGCCAAGGAGGAGACCGAGAGGAGGAGGAGGCAGGAGGAGGAGCAGAGGAAGAGGGAGGAGGAGGAGCGCCGGAGGCAGGAGGAGAGGAAAAUGGCGGAGGAGGAGAGGAGGAAGCUCGAGGAGGAGAGGAGGAAGCUGGAAGAGGAGAGGAGGAAAUUGGAGGAAGAGAGGAGGAGAGAGGAUAAGCGGAGGCAGGAGGACGAGGAGAGGAAGAGGCAGGAGGGGGAGCGGUGGGCGGCGGAGCAGAAGAGGGAGAAGGAGGAGGGGGAGCGCAGGAGGCAGAGGGCAGCAGAGGCCGCCGUGAGAGACACCGAGGAGAGGAAGAAGCAGGAGAAGGAGGAGGAGGAGGAGAAGAAAAGGAGGCGCGGGGAGGAGGAGCAGCGCAAGAAGAGGGAGGAGGAGGACAGGAGGCGAAGGGAGGAGGAGCGGAGACGGCAGGAGGAGGAGGUGAAGAGGAAGCGCGAGGAGGAGGAGGAGAGGAAGAAGGGGGAGGAGGAGAGGAGACGCAGGGUAGAGGCAUCCCUGCAGCAGCAGCAGCAGCAGCAGCAGCAGCAGCCGUCGCUGCUGCAGGCUACUGGAGGAGGGGGGAAGCUGGACAUCCAGGAGAAACUGACCGCUCUGCUGAGAGGACUGGAAGAGAGGAAGGGUGGCCUCCAGCCCAGAGCCUCGCAGCACAGGAAGUCAGCAGCACUCACUUCCUUCAGAGCGCUCUACCCGUUCACAGCCAGGAACCAGGAUGAACUCUCCUUCGACGCCGAUGACGUCAUCGAGGUUGAUGAGACCACAGAGCGUGAGGCCGGCUGGUUCUACGGCAGUAAACUGGGGAAGAUGGGCUGGUUCCCGGAGAGCUACGUGGAGAGGGCGGCCGACGCCCCCGUCUCCCCCGUCUCCCCCGGCGUGGCGGGGGCCAAGAUGGCCCUCAAGCCCCACCUCUCCAAGGGCCCGGGGGGCCACGGCACGCUGGAGGCCGCCAUGGCCGUGGGGUCCAAGUCCGCCUUCACGCCAACGCACUCCCCAAACCCCGCCCCCUCAGAGACACAGGGACAGGUGGUGGGUAACCUGCAGGCCAAGGCGCUGUGUUCCUGGACGGCCAAGACGGACAGCCACCUGAACUUCAGCAAGGACGACGUGAUCCGCGUGCUGGAGCAGCAGGACAGCUGGUGGCUGGGCGAGCUGGCCGGGGCCCAGGGCUGGUUCCCCAAGACCUACGUCACCCUGCUGGGGGACGGAGAGGCCAGCGUGGACGCGGUCUUUUCCAAUCCUGACGGUUCAGACGGGAGCCAGAUGUUGGAAGAGUACGUGGCGUUGUUCACCUACGAGUCUCCCCAGACUGGCGACCUGACCUUCCAGGAGGGCGAUGUCCUCCUGGUGAGCCAGCGGGAGGGCGAGUGGUGGAACGGCGCCAUCGGCGACCGGAUCGGCCUGUUCCCUAGCAACUACGUGAAGCCCAAAGAGAGCGAUACAUCCAGCCUUUCAGGCAAAAAGAAAAACGAGAUCGGCCAGGUCGUCACAGGCUACGCCUCCUCAGGCCUGGGUCAGCUGAGCCUGGCCCCGGGCCAGCUGGUGCUCAUCCUCAGCAGGAACGUCUCCGGCUGGUGGCUCGGGGAGCUCCAGGCCCGGGGUAAGAAACGACAGAAGGGUUGGUUCCCUGCAACUCAUGUUACCGUGCUGGGAGCCAACAGCGGAAAGUCCACACCUGCACCCCUACCAGUGUGUCAGGUGAUAGCCAUUUACGACUACACGGCGGCGAACGGUGACGAGAUGAGCUUCUCCAAAGGGCAGCUGAUCAAUGUUACGAAUAAGAAUGAUCCUGAUUGGUGGAAGGGCGAACUCAACGGGGUCACGGGGUUGUUCCCGACCAAUUACAUCCAGGUGACCACUACAGAGUGCGACCCCAGCCAGCAAUGGUGUGCGAACCUGUCCAGCCUGGAAACCAUGAGCCCCCAGGAGAGGAAGAGACAGGGCUACAUCCACGAGCUGAUGGAGACCGAGGAGAAAUACGUGGAAGACCUGCAGAUCGUCCUGGAGGUGUUCCAUAAGCCCAUGUCCGAGUCCGGCCGCUUGACAGAGGCUGAGAUGGGCAUGAUGUUUGUCAACUGGAAGGAGUUGAUCGCCUGCAACACGAAACUACUGAAGGCGCUGCGCGUGCGUAAGAAGACGGGCGGGGACAACAUGCCGGUGCAGGUGAUCGGAGACAUCCUGGCCGCGGAGCUGGCCCACCUGCAGCCCUACAUCCGCUUCUGCUCCUGCCAGAUCAACGGCGCCUCCCUGCUCCAGACUCGCACCGACAACCAGCCCGAGUUCAAAGACUUCCUCAAGAAACUAGCCACUGACUACAGGUGCAAAGGAAUGCCAUUGUCCAGCUUCCUCCUGAAACCCAUGCAGAGAAUCACGCGCUACCCCCUCCACAUCAAGAACAUCCUGGAGAGUACAGCCGAGGGCCACGCAGACAGGGGGCCCCUGAAGGAGGCCCUGGAGCGGGCCGAGGAGCUGUGUCAGCAGGUGAACGAGGGCGUGCGGGAGAAGGAGAACUCGGACCGGCUGGAGUGGAUUCAGAACCACGUGCAGUGCGACGGAGUCAGUGAGAACCUGGUGUUUAACUCCCUCACUAACUGCCUGGGCCCCAGGAAACUGCUGCACAGCGGCAAGAUGCACAAGGCCAAGAGCAACAAGGAGCUGUGGGCGUUCCUCUUUAACGACUUCCUCCUGCUCACACACACCUCCAAACAGUUCACCUCAUCUGGUCCCGACAAACUGUUCAGCAACAAGAACAACAUACAGCUCAAGAUGUACAAGCCGCCGGUGUUUCUAAACGAAGUCCUGGUGAAGCUUCCGGACCCUUCCAGUGAUGAACCCAUCUUCCACAUCUCACACAUCGACAGAGUGUACAUCCUCAAGACCGACAACAUCAAUGAGAGGACGGCGUGGGUUCAGAAGGUCAAGGCUGCUUCGGAAAACUUUAUCGAGACAGAGAAGAAGAAAAGAGAGAAAGCCUAUCAGGCCCGCUCUCUGAAGCCCAGCGGGAUCGGGCGGCUGCUGGUCACCAUCCUGGAGGCCACUGAGCUCAAGCCCAACAAGGCCCACGGUAAGAGCAACCCCUACUGCGAGGUGACCAUGGGGGCUCAGAUGUACACGUCCAGGACCCUCAACGACACGCUCAACCCCAAGUGGAACUUCAACUGCCAGUUCCACAUCCGGGACCUCUACCAGGACGUGCUCUGCAUCACCAUCUUCGAGCGGGACCAGUUCUGCCCCGACGACUUCCUGGGCCGCACCGAGGUUCCCGUGGCGACCAUCAAGAAGGAGCUGGAGAACAAAGGCGCGGCCACGUGGCGCCUGCUGCUCCACGAGGUGCCCACGGGAGAGGUGUGGGUGCGCCUGGACCUGCAACUCUUCAACCCCAAGUAGUCCAGCAGUCGGAGCAGAGUGACUGUCUAUCACCGCCGUUCCAACAGGAACCGCCCUUAGCCAUGUGCUAGAGUGGCUCUGUGUCUUUCCCAUGUGACACACGUCUGGCACGAUACGGCUGGGAACUCGCUCGAAAAUAAGCCACCACUAAGAAAUCGAUCGUUUCUGAGCACUGCAACAUAGCCUUUUUCAAAGUCCCGACUCUGGAAGGCCCUGGUGAUGGGGUUACAAUUGUUUUUAUGAUGGGGAAAUGUUCACCAAGUACUUGAUUUGUUUUUGGUAUCUAUGCAUAAAACAACAGGCAACAUGUUUCAAAUUAAAUCGAAGGUUUCCAGGUAUUUGCCAGGCUAUAAAGGGGUUGAAUAAGUGCCCUACAUUAGGGGACGUCUAGUCGAAGAGUGUCUUCCAAUCGCAAUAUUCACACUAGAAGAUGGGAAUGGAACUCAAUUUCACUUGCUUUUUGCUGCUCUCCUUAAAUCUAUAAAAUAAUAACCUUUAUCUGAACGUAUUUUGAAGUUAUUUUUAUAUAGCCUCUAUGAUUAAAAUCCAUUUACUGUUAAUAUAACCCAAAUUAUUUCUUGAUAUAUUUUUUUGGCAAGCCUGCUCAACUACAUAACAUUUUUUUUUUUUUCCUUGUACUCUUAUCCGUUUGUCGGGGAAUCCACAAGAUGUAUAUUUUGAGCGAUGGUGAUGGGGAAGGACAUUGUCAAAAGCCAUAGAUACUUUUAUUUUUUACUAUCAGCCAUGGUGAUUCCAAAGACCUGCUGGCCAGUUCGCUCAUGCAAUGCCCGGUUUGGGCUGAUGACGACAGCUGCACUCUUCAGUUCAGAGGACGAGCAAACUAAGCACAAACAUGGCGUCUCCAGUUCCAACCAAAGGGACGGGCUCUUGAGCCCUCUUCACAUGAGUCAGAUGGGUGGGGAACCCCAGAAUCCGUUGUUUUAUUUUUUAAUAUUCUGGGUUUCGAAGUCGCAAUCCCUUUUGUCAAGGAUAUGUUUUCAUGCACUGUAAUGGACGUCUUUGUGCAUAUCGGUGUGGGUGUUUCACACAGACACAUCCUUUAGACACGUGUGUGUGUGUGUGUGUGUGUGUGUGUGUGUGUGUGUGUGUGUGUGUGUGUGUGUGUGUGUGUGUGUGUGUGUGUGUGUGUGUGUGUGUGUGUGUGUGUGUGUGUGUGUGUGUGUGUGUAAGCAUACCUGUGUCUAUAUGCAUGUCUGUUUUUAAGAUAAAGGCAGUCAAACGGGAUCUAUAUGUGAGAUAAGCAGUCGUAGAGUUGUACAAACAACAACAUAAGCUGAGGAUCGUUAGGAGAUGUUUGGUUUCUAUAUGAUGGUUAUAAUACGUAGCCUUCAUAAUAAUGCUAUCCUUUUGAAUAUGACACCAGCCGUAUGCAUGGCCAAGUUAGCGCUCAAAGGACAAGUUACAUGUCUUCAUUUUUGCUAUUUCACUUUCAACAUUUGUCUCUUGUCAUUAACGGGAAGAGAGAGUGUCAACAUUUUGAGGCAUUGCAUUGCCAACAAUUACAGAACAGUAUUUUUUUUUUUAACGAUUCACCUAGGAUUCAUUUGGUUCAGUUCAAUUAGUUUAGUUUAAUCCACUCUCCUUCUUCUGCAAUGUCUGCGAACUCCUGUCCCUGCUACGAUCAAUGGUUUCUUUCUCUCAUCUCAAGAUGUUGUCUCAUAGGGUCACCUUAAAUCCAGUACUACAAAGACAACUUAUUGUGUGUGAAAUGUGUUCCUUUGCUUCCCUAUGCUCUUGUGUGCGUUUUGCCACCUUUACUUUGCAACUGUCCUGCUAGAGAGUCACCUAGUGGUCUAUUGGCCACCAGUGGCAGGAAGAAAAAGAUUGUAUUUAUUUUUUAAUUUAUGCGUGUGGGACUAUCUUGGCGGUUGAGGUUCGAGAUGCUGGGGAAUGUCUGUCAUAUUUUACUCUGUUGGUGUAUGGGGGGUCAACAUUCCUCAACAGUUGUGUGUCUGAAACAGUUAGUUUCGUCUAAAUCUAGCCAUGGUGUUUAGUGAGGCAACACAGUGCGUUAGCUGAUGAGACGAUCCCCUUGAUUACGUUGUACUGUAAAACUAGGACCGUAGUCUGUUCGUCACGCCUGCUGUCUGGACGUCUCCUGCUUGAUUAUAAUGCAAACACCUUGGGCUAUUGCCUUUAGGUUUGAACGGUCCCGUAUAAAACGCUGUUUUAUAUUUGUUUGGUUUUCUUUUAUGGACGAUGUGAGGGUGAACCAGCGCUCUUUAUGUGUACGUGCGGGUGGUCGUUGUGGGUUUGUGAUUUGGUUUUUACCUGGAUCUUAACGUAGUACUACUGUGCUGUACCUAACAUGCUGCCUGCGCAUGGCUUCUGAGCGUGGAGACCCCCUCUCUCUAACCUGCUGAGUGUGCCCCCCUGGGGUCUCCACACGGCACUCACAAUCAGGGUUUCUUACGUACAAUAAAUAAAGAUAUUCAAAUGAC